AUGAAGAAGAAGCUUAAUCUAGUAGACAAUUUGAAGAAGCUUCAUUCAGUAGAUGAUUUGAAGAUGCUUUAUCAUGUAGAAGAUUUGAAGAAACGGCAUCCAUUAGAACAUAUGAAUAAGCUUUAUCCAGUAGAAUACACGAAGAAACUCUAUCAUGUAAAAUCUUUGAAAGAUCAAAAAGAACGUUUAGAGAUUUUCCACAUGAAGGGUGAUCGAAUUCAGGUUUUGAUUCGAAGUGACCACACUGUAAAGUGGAAACAACUGUUGAAAGAAGAUAUGACUUGCGUAAUAAAUAAUGAUAUUAUAGGAGUUGUCCACGAAAUUAACAAUUAUCAAUCGAAGUCAGACGGUAAGAAGAUUGUGGGAAAUGUUAUAAUCUACCAUUUAUGGAAAUACUAUGGACCUAAGUUUUUAAGUUACUAUCACAAUGACACAAAAUUUGGAGCAAUUGUCAUUGUUGUGACUCAUGCAAUCAAGGAUUGCCAAGUUUCCAAUGGAUGGAGUGUCUCAAAGUUGUUAAUCAACGAAGACAUACCUGUUAUCCAGGAAUUUUUGUCAAACGACUUCUGUAAGUUAAAGCAAGAUACUACACGUGUUAUUGUAGCUUCGACGUUGAAGUUUGUUAUUUCGAAAUAUAAAUGGUUCUACUAUGGUUGCACAAAAUUCUCUUUUAAAUCUCCUACUCCUACACAUUCUUAUAAAUGUGGUUGUGGUGAAGAUGUUAAACAGCCUAUACCAAGGUAUAAGGUUGAGAUUUAUGUAAGAGGUGGAGAUGCUAAGUAUCGCUUUGUGUUUUGGGAUAAUGGUUGUGCGAAUAUCAUAGGCAAAAUAGCUGAAGAGAUGUGUAAAUCAAUGCUGGAGGAUGGAGAAGAUGAUCCUAUGGUGUAUCCUGAUGAGCUUGGUUCACUUUUAAACAAGAAAGUGGCAUUUAGAGUUAAGGUUCAACCAAAUUUUAGUCAAACUUCAAUUCACAAGCUUGAUACUAAUGAAUCAUUUUAUACUCAUAUAGUAAAUGAUUACAUUAAUUGCGAGAAUCAGUCUAAACCUCAAAGUCCAAAGGUUGUUCCAAGUGAAAUCAAUCCUCAAUUAAGUUCUAAUCAUUCAAUGUAUGCAUGUGGAGAGAAUGAACAUGAUUUUAAUAGUGAUGUGACUCUAGUUAAAGUGAAUUCAUUAGUUUCAAGGGAUGUUGAUCUUGACAGUGACAUUCUUGGAGCUACACAAUACUCUGGAACCAAACUACCAAAGAAAGUAAAGAUUGAGCCGAGCAAUUGA